UGAUGUUUGUGUGCUGCUCGCCUGACGUCUUCAGGAAGCUGAUGGUUGAGUUUCGGCGUGCAGAUCUUCCCCAUGAGCAGUACGUCUUCUUCUACAUCGACGUGUUCGGAGACAGCCUGAACUCCAAACACGGACAGCCGUGGGCGCGCGGGGACGAGGACGACGCCAUCGCCAGGGAGGCCUUCCAGAGCGUGAAGAUCCUGACUUACAGAGAGCCUCAGAACAGCGAGUACCGAGAGUUUGUGAGAAGCCUGAAGACGGACGCACACAACAUGUUCAACUACACCGUAGAGGACUCACUGAUGAACAUCAUCGCCGGAGGUUUUUACGACGGUUUGAUGCUCUACACUCACGCUCUGAACGAAACCAUGUCGCUGUCCGGCGGCCGGCCUCCGGGGAAGGUCGUCAACGACAGGAUGUGGAAUCGAACCUUCCACGGCGUGACGGGUCUGGUCCACCUGGACGAGAACGGAGACAGAGAGACGGACUUCGCUCUGUGGGACAUGAUCGACACCAACACCAGCGCCUUCCAGAUAGUUCUGGUGUACAACAGCUCAGAGGAGCAGCUGACGGCCAUCCCGGGAACAUCUCUGCACUGGCUCGGUGGAGUUUGUCCUCCAGAUGUUCCCGUCUGCGGCUUCAAGAACGACAACCCCAUCUGCCUCGCAAAGACGAUCACCAUCCAUCAGAUGGUCUCCAUCAUACUCUUCUUCAUCUUAACAAUGACACUCACCGUCACCAUCUUCAUCUACAGGAGGAUGAAGCUGGAGAAGGAGCUGGUGGCUCAGCUGUGGAGGAUUUCCUGGGACGACAUCCAGAUGAGCAACGUGGAGAAAGUUCUGCGGAGCGGCAGCAGGAUCACACUGUCACUGGUCAGCACACACUCACGCACACACACACACACACACACACACACACAC